CAUAUAUAUUACAUUUAACAACAUGAGUAGCACGUUCGUAAAGAAUAAAUACAUAAGUGUUCAAUUUGAAAAAAGAACAAAUAGAAUUCCAUUUACAAUGGAAUCAAAUUUCAUAAUUCAAAAUUUUCUUCUACUUUUGUUGCUGCAGUUCCUUCAUCUCGCCGCCGGCCAAAUCAACGAUUUCCCUAUUUUCCGAUGCAGAGACAACGGUAAUUUUACGAAUAACUCCACAUACGAAUCAAAUCUCAAAACCGCCCUUGCUUCACUACCCUCCGCCGCUUCCACGCGCUACGGUUUCUACAAUACCUCCGCCGGCGUAAGUCCAAACACCGUCAACGCCUUUGCUCUCUGCCGCGGCGAUGUUGCAUCGGAAACAUGUAAGGAUUGUAUCAGCAACACAGUUCUCCUGCUAAGACAGACCUGUACUAACAAUAUAGAAGCCCUCAUUUGGAGCUUGAAUUGUACUGUGCGCUAUACAAAUCGUACUUAUUCUUCAGUUCUCGAGGAGCGUCCUAGCGCCGAUGUCUCAAGCUCCGUAAACGCAUCGGAUAUUGACGUUUUCGGCAAGACGUUGAGAGAUUUAGUAGGAAGAUUACGAGUGGAAGCUGCCGGAGGAAACUCCCUUCGGAAGUUCGCCACCGGAGAUGUCGGUUUUGGGACAGAUCCGUCGAAGAUUUACGCUAUGGUGCAGUGUUUGCCGGAUUUAUCUUCUUUUGACUGCAAUUCGUGCUUGUCGAUCGUAUUCCGGGAGGCUCAAGGCUGCUGCGACGGCGACAUUGAUGUCGGUGUUUUUUAUCCGAGUUGUUUCGUUAGGUACUCGAAUGCGUCGUUUUAUAAUAAUCCUCCGGCUAUCACGCUGCCGUCUGUGCCGCCGUCUUCAACAAACUCGCCGGCAGUUCCAGGAAAAAAACGAAAGUCGUCAAAGAGUAUUUACAUCAUCGUUCCUGUUGCAUGUGUUGUCGCUGGGAUGCUCAUAAUUAUCGGGUUAUAUUUUUUCAUAAAAAGGAGAUCAAAGAAUAAUAUAAAUGCUCCUGUUGAUUCUGCUACAAAAAAAGAAAGCGGGACUACUGCGUUUUCGUCUCUAGUUAUGAGCGAAAAUCACAACCACAGUUCCAAUUUAUCGCAAGUUGGGUCAGUUGAAAUGGAAAUGGGUACAUUAGGAUCUCUACAAUUCGAUCUGGCCACAAUUGAAGCAGCCACGGAUAAUUUCUUUGAUGGAAAAAAAAUUGGUGAAGGCGGGUUUGGUCCGGUUUAUAAGGGUGUUCUAGCCAAUGGGAUGGAGGUGGCAGUGAAGAGACUAUCAAAAUCAUCGGGACAAGGGUUUUGCCUUGAUGCGGAUGAAAAAUUACUCAUCUAUGAAUACGUAUCCAAUAAAAGCCUCGACUACUUUCUCUUCAAUCCAAAUAGACAUGGGCAAUUAGAUUGGCCAAAACGCUACAAAAUUGUAUUAGGGGUUACAAGAGGAAUGUUAUAUUUACAUGAAGAUUCACGUUUAAAAGUCAUUCAUCGUGAUCUCAAAGUUAGCAAUAUCUUGCUAGACCUGGAUAUGAACCCCAAGAUUUCCGAUUUUGGUCUAGCGAGAAUCGUGGGAGUGGAUCAAAUUGAAGCAAAUACUAAUAGGAUUGUGGGAACAUACGGUUACAUGUCCCCUGAGUAUGCAGUGCAUGGACAUUUUUCGGCGAAAUCAGAUGUGUUUGCUUUUGGCAUUGUUGUUCUUGAGAUCAUCACAGGGAAAAGAAGUUCACGCUUUUAUACCGAAAAUAAUCAUGAGGAUCUUCCACAUUUUGCUUGGAAAAGCUGGAUAGAAGGAAGAGCAAUGGAGCUUAUGGAUCCAACAAUGGUUGAAACUUGUUCUAAAGAUGAAGUCAUGAGAUGCAUCAACAUUGCGUUACUAUGUGUACAAGAAGAUGUGGAUGCAAGGCCUUCAAUGGCUUAUGUUUUAAACAUUCUCAACAAUUACUCCAUCUCUCUUCCAACUCCCACAAGAACCGCACAUUAUCUUCCAAAAAGACACUCAGAUUCGUCAACUAGCAAGUCGGUUUCUAAGUCAACGGAUAAAUCCCAGAUCACUGAAGUACAUGGAAGGUAACGACCAUGGUACCUUUUUUAUAUAUAUUUUUUCAUCAUUUAUAAAUAUGUUCAUGUUUAUUUUGAUCACAUAAUCCGUAUUAUAUCAAGUCAUGUAACAUCUUUUUGUUUUAUAGAGGU